AUGACAAACCUACGGCCUAAUACAUUACAUAAUCUUAGCAUCAAAUGGAAGAUGAUAGAAGAUGCAAUUUGGAGCCAUAUUGCAACUUUGAACUUUACAACCAAGGUUGGAGUUGACCCUGCUGUAAAUGGGUACGAUGGUCUUCGAAAGAUCAAGGCUCAAAGAUUUUGCCAAGGACCAGCUGUACCAAAAACGUCUCCAUUAGUAUUAAAUAAGGCCAUAGGUAACCAGUUUGUAGGUAUUUAUAUUAAAGAAAGAUCUGAAGAUUGUUAUUAUGGCCCAAUAAGCUUGGUUCUCAAUAAAACCACACCCUGUGUAGAUGGUCCAAGGUCUCGCAGGUCUUUACCAGAUUCACAACACUUGAACUUCUCACAGACUGUGUUUGUGAAAUAUAAUGAUACAGGAAAUGAAAGUGUCACAUUGCAGUAUGCUACGUCUGCUGGGAUAUCGAGUGAAAAUUCUGAAGUGUUCUUCUCAACUCCACAAGAGGUUAAAAAUGUGAAACGUCUUACUGUGAUAAAAUACAACAGAACACAUGAUUCACUUACUAUAGACAGUAUUGAUGGAGUUGACAGUUUACAUUAUUAUUGGUGCUAUGGUGAAUAUUUAGAGGAAAAACAACUAGUAGACUGUAAGUCUAUUGGACAUGUAGUGUUGAAAGAUGUCAAGAAAACAAGUUACAUUGAGAGACGAAGUUCAAACGCCAAUGUUAACUGCUCAAAUUGUCAGCUACAUUAUGGUGUGGCAAUUCAACAGCUCAAUAAAACUAGCUCCAUAUUGUGGGAUUCGGCAUCAGAACCACUAGUAGAUAAUGUUUAUGAAGCCACAGGAGAGAAUCAAUAUAAAUAUCUGUACAUAGCGGUCGGUAUUUUGGCACUGGUAUUUAUUGUUUUUAUAGUAUGCUGCAUGAACAGGUGCUAUCGACAGGCCAAAAAGGUGCCGCAGCCAACGUGGCCAAUGGGAAAGAUUGAGAUCCAACCAUAUGAUAGUAUAAAUCAGUCAUAUGAACCUGAACCAGACUUGUCUUCAGUGUCAGACAGCCACCAAACAGACACAACUAAGACAUUGUCUGACAGCGAUCAAUCUGAUACAUUUCAUACAUUCAUACACACAGAUUCAUCAACCAGUGGUGCGUAUUCCACAAACAUUAUUUUGAAGGACAUUUCUGCUCAGUCAUCUUAAAGGAACUGUCAAGGACAAGUAUCAGGCCAUUUUUGAAAAUACUUAUCUAAAAAAAAUAAAAAUAAUGUACAUAAUACAGUGUUUAAGUUUGGUCAGAAAUUUUGGCUGACUGAAGAAGAUUUUGGGAGAAGUGACAGAGAAAUUAUAUUCAUAAACAUAAAGAUGGGGAUAUUCCUCAAAUUCUCCAAAAAAGUGAGAAUACAGUCUAUUUUUAUUAAAGUAGUGAAAUACAGUUUAUGAUGAAAAUAAGUUUUGGGUUAAUCAGUGAUAUCCUAUUAGAGUAAUUGUAUGUUAACAUGAGAGGACAAAACAAGCUUGUUUAUUGGGUGGCACUCUAUUGGCAGGUCCUGAACAGAUUCUGUCAGAAAAAAAAGAAGAAA